CAACAUUCAAAUUUGAAGAACUUCAUUAGAAUUUCUUUGCUUCCUUUUAGGUUUAUGAUAGCUGGUGUUUAAGUGAAAAAGGAGAAAGGAAUAAUCGUGCGAGAGACAAACAGAAGGCAGCCAUCGUCUCCUGAGUGUAUGGACUGGAGGUGGCGAUGUCUCCAGGAGAGGACGGCCUGAUUGGGAUCCCCUUCCCGGAGCACAGCAACGAGCUCUUGUCCCACCUCAAUGACCAAAGGAGGACAGGACUCCUGUGUGACCUCACCCUGACCUCCCGCGGGGCUCGCUACCCAACACACCGCUCCGUCAUGGCAGCCGUCAGCCUCUACUUCCGUCGGCUGUUUGGAGCGGAGGAAGGGGGUGGUGAGGGCGGUGGGGGAUUCAGCGUUUGCCAGCUGGACUGUGUUGCCCCUGAUGCCUUGGAUGCCCUGCUGGAAUUUGCUUACACCGCCACACUUACCAUUCCCAGCUCCGGGAUGAGAGAUGUGCUGCGAGGUGCUCAGCUGCUGGGUAUCCAGUGCGUGGCUGAUGCCUGCAGAGACAUCCUUGGAGAGACGGGGGAGGCAGAGGGGGAAACUGCGGGGGAGCAGAGACCCCAACAGAUGACUAUCGAGAGGACGAUAGAGACAACAAACGUUGUAGAGAAAAUAUCCAGAAGAAAAAAUGAGAGAAAGAAAGUGAGAAAAGUUGGCUUACGUCCCAACAACUUCUCACCUCUGUACCCACUGGCCGCCUCUCCUGCCUCCCACCCUUCACCUCCCUCUGAUAGCUUUCGUUCCCUGCCCCCUACCCAGCCUCCCAGUCCUGAAUCAGAGGAAAUCCAUCCCAAACUUGGGCAAAAUGGGGAUCUGAGAGCCAUCAGAGAGCCUGGGAGAGGAAACACACUAAAUGGAGGGCUCCUUCACUGGGCACAAGAGCGACCUCUCACCGCACACCAGCCUCCCAUCCAGAGCGACAAGCUCUCUGAAGAUGAUGACAUGGAGGCGUUAGGUGACGAUAUCGUGGUGAUGGGAUCCAGCUCCAUACCUACCUCUGUAGCAGAUCGGGGUGCAGCCACAUCAGUAGCAGGAGGGGGUAGGAAGAGGAAGUCUCAGACCCCUCAGCAGUGUCCAGUAUGUCAGAAGAUUAUUCACGGGGCGGGAAAGCUGCCCCGCCACAUGAGGACACACACCGGAGAGAAACCCUUCCAGUGCUCUGCCUGUGGAGUUCGCUUCACCCGCAAUGAUAAGUUGAAGAUCCACAUGCGGAAGCACACAGGAGAGCGCCCCUACACCUGUUCCCACUGCCCUGCACGGUUCCUCCAUUCAUACGACCUCAAAAACCACCUCUCCCUCCACAGCGGGGCGCGACCUUUCGAGUGCCCACUCUGCCACAAGGCUUUCGCCCGAGAGGACCAUCUCCAGCGCCACCGCAAGGGCCACAGCUGCCUGGAGCUGCGCACUCGUCGGCCCAAGCGGGUCCCCGAGCUGGCAGAGGACGCAGGUGAGAAAGACAGCAUGGGAGAUCAUCCCAGCCCUCUGUCUCUACAGGCCCACCACACCAUGUUUCAUCCCCACUCAGUGUUGGAAGGUGGAUCUGCCAGUCGCCCUUCGCUGAUAUUCCCAGGUGGCAUCGACAGGGAGCGGUCGCUGGCUCUUCAGACUCUGGCCCAACUCAACUCCCAGGGCCUGGCCAACUACCCUGAGCUCCUUCUCAGAGGGCUUGAAAUGCGAGGCAGUAGAGAGAUGGAGAGAGAAGGUCCUGGAGGAACGCGUUCGCCGGCUCUUCAGCGUGAUAGAUGGGCCGAUGAAGUAGAAGACGAAGAAGCAGAAGAGGGGGAAUAGUUCAGACUGUUAUGUGGUAAAGCAUCCACAGUAAAAAAAUCAAAAUAAUAAUCUCAGGUGGCUGGACUAAUGACCUGCUUCUCCCAUACAGAGAGCACUUAAAAGACCUUACAAAAAAAAAAAAAAAAAGGAAAGACGGGUUUUCUGAGAUAUUCUAAAUGUGGGGCUCUGUUUUUGGAUUUUCUUUUUUGGCAUACUCGUCUAGUAAUGUUUGCUGUUUAAGUAUUUUAAUAUCAAGUUGUCUCUUCAGUUUUUUUUUUUCCUUGCUGGUGUUUGUUAAAUUUAUGGUCACCAGGAUGCUUUUCACUAUGCAAACUAAAAUCCAGGGCUUCAGAACAGAGAAAUACCUAAAGAUUUAUUUUUGCUGAUUCAGAUGCAGUUUGAAAUCCAUAUCGCCUACAAUAUCACAGUAAGGUUUGUGUGCCCGCUGUCCUCUGGUGACUAUCGGUGAAAAUGCAGUGAAAUAUAAUCAAGCUCAUUCCUUGGAUUAAAAGCAAUAAUCUUGUUUUUGUUAGUGGUAUAAUCUUUGCUUUAUUUUGGUGCUUAAACCAAAGAUUUGCUUUUUUUUUCUAGUGUAGGAGAAGACGAGAGAGGUUGAACUGUAGCCAAUGUUGGGUUUGAAGAGAAGAGUCUUCCCAACUCUUUUGAAAAGCCAUGAGAAAGACUCUACUUGCAAUAUUGGAGUGUUUCAGAGCCAAGGGGCUCUGGGCUAAAUGCCUGACCAAAAAGACAAAGUCUGGAUUUGUGGUUUUAAUGCUGGUAAAAGACACAUCUUUUAUCAGUCCUGCGAUGCUCUCUCAUUUACAUUCUUUAAAAAAAAAAAGUGUGGCAAAAUGUAGGGAUUACUGAGAUAAUAUACACCCUUCUUGUGUAUUUAUUUAUUUAUUUCUAUUUAUUAUGAACAUCUUAAGACCAAAUCCAGACCCAAACCCAGUCUUUGUGAAAUCCUACAAAACCCUGCACUGAUGAUUUUUGCUCAACAACCCCAUACACCCAAACGCCUUGUUUUUUAAAAAGGCUGAUUGUCUUCUUUCAAGCCAUUCUUCCUCAAAUGCAUUCUUUGCACAUUUAACCCACCAGGUUCUGCAGUAAUACAGGCACAUUCCACCCUUCAGAGGGUAACACAGAAGGACUAGAGCAGAGGCAUCAGGGAGUGUGGGGAGGGGGGGUGGGGUAAUAAGAAACUCCUAAAGCUGGAACUCAGUGUGGACAAUACGUAUCUCACACUAUUACAUAGCAGUUCUUAUAGUUUGGCUGUGACUAAAAGGGGCCAUUAGGUUUUUUUUUUUUGUUGAGUUUAUUCAUUUCUGACCAAAAUCUACAUGCUUUCCAUGGCUGUUUAGCUGCAGGUCACGUUUGCUUGCUGGGGAGAGGGUUGAUUUUCUUCUCAUUCACAUCGAAGUCAAUGUAGCAUAUGUGCUGUUUUGGCCUGUCUUUGCUGUUUUGGAACUCUCCGUUUGUUUCCAUUUUAUUUGCACUAUGAGAUUGGAGAGCUUCAAGCUUUUCUUGUUCAACAUUCAACAUUUUGCCCUUUAACUAUCAUUACUGAUUAAGUAGUCUAUACUUUUGUAAAACCCUCAUCCAUACUUCAUUGCAUUACUAGAGUUAUAGUAAAAAAAAAUUGUAUAUAUAUAUAUAUAUAUAUAUAUAUAUAUAUAUAUAUAUAUAUAUAUAUAUAUAUAUAUAUAUAUAUGGCAUAGAUGUAUAUCGGGAUGAAGUUGCCUUAGGGUUUUUAUGUGUUGCAACUAUUCUCAGGAAAUCUUGAGCAAUGCACUAAGUGAUUAUACAAAAUGUUAAAUGGGAAGCAAGCGGUGCUGUUGGGUUAUUGAUACGCUUCAUGCAUGGUGGGAUACCAGUAGUUUGAUAUAUUAUAUUUUCUAGAUUUUAUAAUGAAGGAGAUGAUAGUCAGAUAAUAGUAAUGAAAGUAAUCUACUGGCCUUGCUGGAACCUGUCCUACUGGAAUGGCAGUAUGACAGUUGGUCCUGUGCAUGAAGGGUGUUGGUGCUCCCUUUUAAAAGCUUUGUGAAUGAAUGACGGUUAAACUGAUGUCAGCUGUGAAGCUUGUGUCGAUUUUUUGUUUUUGUUUGUUUGUUUGCUUUUUUUCCUGGCUUCGGUGAGGGGACUUUGAGGGGUAUGGUCUGAAUAGAGACCCCACUAUCAGGGAUACUUUUUGUUGUCUUUCAGUUUGUAGAGAACUUCUUCUCACAGAUAUAAAUUAAAUUUUCCAUGAUUUGUUUCAGAUGAUGUAAAGAAAAUAAAUAUAUAUAAGCUUGC